AGAGAGAGAGAGAGAGAGAGAGAGUAGUGAGAAAAAAGUAAUGAGGUGAUGAAGUUUUAUAAGCCAAUGUAAACUGUAAAGUAGCAAAGCUAAGAUUAGACUGGAGAGAUCUUGCCAUUGUGUGUGUGUGUCGGAGGUAGUGAAAUAUAGUACCUGACCGGGGUUGGAACUCGUCGGAAAAUGAUGACGGGGCUAAUACAAGAUCAGAAUCUUGAAAAACAGAUAGAGAAGCAGAUUGGAUGCAUGUCUGGUUUCCUUCACAUCUUCGAUCGCCAACAGAUUUUGGCCGGUAAACGUAUCUACUCCACCACCAAACGCCUCCCUCCCUCCACCGGAGUCAUGGCGUCACCGGAGCCGGUUAAGUCCGUUCAGUCAACGGCGAUAAGAGAAAUGAAGAAGCCAGAGCCAGCGCAGGCGGAGGCGGUGGUGGGUGUACCUGAAAGCCCAGACCGCUUCAAACCAUCUCCGAAGGCGAAUUCCAAUGUCUACGAAACAGCAACGCCGCCGAGAUCACCAUUACCCCUUCCCAUGUUUGACCUGAAGGAGGGAUCGAUAAAAACUUCAUGGAAAUUCUGCAAAGAAAUGCCGAGGCUGUCGCUUGAUAGCAGAGCAAUGGUAGACUCGAAAGGGAGUCUUUGUCCAAUGGAGAUACGCAUGGACAAUGGUAACAACGCCAUUGAUGAAGCUUACGACAAGCAACGCCGGUCGCCCAGCGUCAUCGCGAGACUCAUGGGACUCGACCAGUUGCCAUCUUCCGAUCCACCAUCGAGUCCGGAAACCGUCAAGAAACCGGAGCUCCGGCGAUCGGCAUCUGAAUCCAGGGUUCCCAGAGAUCUGUUUCAUUCCAGAUUUAUUGACUGCAACAAUUCCCAAACCAACCAGUCAAAUCUAGCAAACAAACAAGCAGCGGAUACAAAUCUGACGCACAAUACCAGUGUUGGAGAUAAUGUGUGCAACGUGAGCAGCAGAAACGCUCAGAAUGGCAGAGUUAUGGAGUCAAUGAAAUAUUCAUCAAGAAAUCAAAAAACUGAAUCUCCAAGAACAUCUCAAUGGAGAUCCCCUCAACAGCGGAGAAGCUUCUUUGAUUCGGCGGAUUUUUUCCCGGAGCCAAAACAGACGACGGCGCCAAUGUAUAGUAUUUCCGACAAGAACUUGAGGUUAAGAGGACUAGAUGAGCAGUCCAAUGAUCUGGAGUCCCUGAAGCAUAUUCUCGAAGCGUUGCAACUCAAAGGCCUUUUGCAUUCUAAAAGACCUCCAAACAGAGACAGCCAGAAGAACUUCGUAUACGAUCCGAGUUUUUCUUCCGACGAUUCACAAAUAGUGCUCAUGAAACCGUGGCGCUCCCCUGCAUCAGGUCGGAGAUUCAGAAACGACUCAGGAGGUAUGAAUCGAUACGCCGGAGAGAGUUUACCGUCAGUCAGUCCAAGAAAGGAACGUGGAGUACUCGAUCGGAGCGGAAGAAGUCCGGUCAGAGCUAGAAAUUCUAGCGCUCUUAGUAACUCGAAGAAUAGUAAUACAAUUGUCAAGAGAAAGCCAUUGAGCGUAGAAACGCAAAGGAGUUUCCAUGAAUCCUCUGAAUCACGAAGAAGUUCGCCGAUUAAUUCUCCUAAGCUUACACCUAAAAGAAACGGAUCCGAUUAUCAGUCCGUCACAAAUCGAUCUCCGAGAAGCAGGAAAGCAGCCGGCAUCGGUUAUUCUAAGGAGAAGAUUGGCAGAAGCUUUGUUAUGGAGGAUGAAUCCUCAUCGAUUUCUGAAAGCACCGGUAGUACAACUUCUCAAUCCGAUCCAGAGAGAUCAAAAAUGGAGGAAUACAGGGAAGGAAAGAGUCUGUUAGAGAGAUGUGACAGGUUGCUGCACAGCAUUGCAGAGAUGAACAUCGUCUCCUCCGAGUCACAACCGAGUUCCGGUUCAGUUUUACCAAGUCCAGUCUCUGUUCUUGAUCCUGCAUUCGAUAAGGAUGAGUCGUCAUCUCCUUCACCAGUUAUGAAACGCAGCAUUGAUUUCAAAGAUCUUACCGUUGUUGAUCUGGAAGACGAUAUCUGGAGCUCUAUAAUCUCUCCGGCGACAUCAACCAAAGACGAAGACUUCAUCUCCGACGAUUCUGAUUUCGCUUACAUCUCGGAAAUACUCCGAGCAUCAAAAUACCUCCCGGAUGACUCCAGCGUCUUCUUCUUUUUAGAGAAGCAACAAUACUUCAACGGAAACGACACAUCAAAAGCUUCCAAACUCCAACGGGAGCUCGUCUUCGACGUCGUUGCCGAAAUCCACGACCGGAACAGCCAAUUGCCGCCGUGGAAAGCCGUUUCUGAAUCCAUCAACUCUCUACACCAGAUUUGCUCCGAAUUUCAAAAAAUCCGUGAGCGAUUUACUAACGACAACUUGUUGGAUCCGAUUUGUGGUGUACUGAAAAGAGAUCUCGCUGGAAACAAUGGCUGGGAAGAUCAUCCGGUGGAGAUGUCGGAAACCGUUCUGUACAUCGAACGAUUGGUAUUCAAGGAUUUGGUGAGCGAAACAAUCCGAGAUCUCGCUGACUUUGCCGCGAAAAGUUCCGUCUUGGCGCCUCGAAGGAAAUUGGUUUUUUAAAAUAAGUGGGUUUAGUUUAAUGUUCCCGCUCUUUUUUUUAUAAUUUAUAAAAUCAGCAUGUUCACAAU